UACAUAUAAUAUUAUUGGAGAUUCAAACAAUGUAUGUCAAGUAGAAAACAACUAUUUGCUGUUGACAAUACAAAACUCUGCCCUGAAAUAUGUGCCAGAGUAUUGCAUCUUCCCGAGGCAAGUGAGUUAACUGACUAUAAAAGAGGAAACUGGACUUUUUAAGUCAAUUAACUCUCUUGCCUCGGGAAUAUGGAGUAUUCAAGCACAAUUUGGAAUUUUAUGAUACAUGGUUAACUAAUAUAUCAGAAGUGAUUUAGAUUGAUUUUCUUAAAUGUACAACACAAUUUCGUUUUUGCUGACUUCUUGCCGCCUUGAGAGUGCAGGAAACAUGUGAAAAAGGUGAAGGUCAACAGAAGGUUCAGACAUGGAAAGUCUUAUGUAUAAGACCUUGAGUUUAAUUGAUCAAAAGAACAGGAAAAAGAAUGACUUUUGAAAUGAUCCUGAUGUACUUUUUGGACAGCAAGUUGGGUUGGAACGAAAGAGAGUAGAAAACUUGAGACAAGAACUAAAAUUAAGAAUUCAAACCCUAAUAAUGGAGUAUCAGUUUGAAAAUGAGGCAUAGUAAUUUUAUUGUAAAGUACUUACCUUGCAUGUUCUGUAAGUAUUUUUUUCUUUUGAUUGAUUAGUAGUCUUAAGUUUAGCAAGUGUAGAUUCACUAUAAAUCUGAAAAUUCUUCAUGGCUCCUUUCAUAAUAAAUAAUUUAUCCCUUCUAAUGGGAAUAAAAAUGAAAGAAACAUGAUUCAGAGAUCAAGGAUUAUCCAGUUUUUUAUAAAUCUGUUCAUUUUCGGAUAACUGAAAUAUAUCCGUGAAAUGAUUUAUGAAAUAGAUUUACAAUCAAAUCCUUCAAACAGAAUGGAGCUGUGUAGGUAGAUUUAGUUUUCAUGCUGUUAGUGCCAAAUGACAAAUAUUGGUAGCAGUUAAUGAAAUUCAAGAUUGAAAUAAUAAAUUAUAAAAAAUGUGAUACUAGCACUCAAUAUUACCUUGUCACAAGUUUGUUUCAAAUAUAAAUGUUCAUUUUUCUAUGUGCUUGGAAUCGAAAGGGGAAAACAGCAAAUAUUGAUGUGUUGUCAGUUUGAUGUUUGUGGUUUAACACCACACUCACCAAUAUUCCAACUAUAUGAUGGCAGUCUGUAAAUAAUCGAGACUGGACCAGAUAAUCACGUGAUUGACAUCAUAAGCAUCGAUCCACGCCAUCGAGCCGGACUACAACAAGCAGAGUCGCUUUUUACAGAAAGCGUCAAGAUCAAAGAAGUACUAAAAAUUUAUAAAUUAUUUUUGUCCUUUUUAUCUUUAUUGAAUUUUGAUUUAGGUGAAACCUAUAUUAAAGUAUUAAUAUACUCGAAUGAUCAUAACUAGGACCCAGUCACAAAUGAAAUGUUAUAGAUAAUUUCACAUAUGAUAAAAAAAUAUUGUUCAACAAAUUUGAAGUAUUUACUUACACUAUUGAUGAAUAGGUAUGAACUAUUUAUAUAACCCGUGAAAAUUCCGGGUUAGAAAGGUCUUCAGCAACCCAUGCUUGCCGUAAAAGGCGACUAUGCUUGUCGUAAAAGGCGACUAACGGGAUCGGGUGGUCAGGCUCGCUGACUUGGUUGAUACAUGUCAUCGGUCCCAAUUGACCUCUCCGUCGAAUUUUAUUGACAGCUGACUUGACCAAUCAGCGAGUCGCUCUGACAGUAUGCGCACGCAUACUUUGACUGCAGUCACUUCCUUAGACAAACAAGCUUGUCUAAGUUUGGCUGGCGCGCUUUACGCAAUCGUUCUAUCGGCCAACUUAUCCAGAAAAAAUGGUAAAGAGGUGCAGUCACGGUCUGUGCAAUAGUGAUGACAGGUAUCCUGAACGACUAGGAGGCGGUGUCAAGUUCAUACCGUUUCCAAAACCGAAGACUGACUACGAGAAGUGCCUACGGUGGAUAAAACUUUGUGGACGACCGCAUAAUCAGCUCAAUCCGUCAAACAUCAACUGCAAUAGAUAUGUUUGCACAAAGCACUUCGUCAACAAUUUUCCAUGUGAGCAACAUCCAGACCCAUUACCUGCCAAUCACUUUGACAAGGCUGGACUGAGUAGGAAGCCCCCUACAAAAAGAAAGCCCACCCAUGAUGGAACUCAGAGAUUGGAGCCAACAGAAAAGAUAGCUAAAUCUGACAACCCAUCUUUACCUUCUGCCACUGCUGUGCAUACAAGUUCAACCGUGACAACUGAUUGUCAGACUGACUCAUGCUGGAUCGACCCAAUGGAUAUGAUAGUACUUAUUGCAGAGAAUGAGAGCCUGAAGAGAGAUCUGUCAAAAUGCAGUUUGGAGCUUAUAGAUGUCAAGAGAAAGCUGAAAAAUACUGAAGAGGAAUGUGAACAUUUAAAAAAGCAAAAAACAUUUACUUUUUCAAUUGAUGUUAUGUUGGAAGAUGCUAAGCUUAUUCGGUACUACACAGGCUUUAACAAAGAAACCUUCAUUGCCAUAUUUAGGUAUUUAGUUCCAGAUCCUCAAUCAUGUCCUCUUAGGUAUCUUGGGAAAGGAAAAUUGUCCAAAAUUAGGAAACUUUCCCUUGAAAAUCAGUUGUUUUUGACGCUUUGCAAACUGAGGAAUAAUUUUCACUUGCAGGAUUUGGCUUUUAGAUUUGCAAUUACUCAGCAAGUUGCAGGUGUUAUCUUCAAUUCCUGGAUAAAUUACAUGUUUCUCAGGUUUGGGGAGUUAAGCAUCUGGCCCCACAGAGAUGUCUUGUAUGAAAGGAUGCCAGAGGACUAUAGGAAAGAUUUUCCAAGUACAUUUCCUAUUGUUGACUGCACAGAAAUUAGAAUUGAAAAACCAUCUUCACUAAAUACCCAAACUCAAACGUACAGCAAUUACAAGUCCACUAACACAUUGAAGGCAUUAGUGGCUGUAGAUCCGAGAGGCUCAGUUAUUUUUAUUUCUAUGCUGUUCUCAGGGGCAAUGUCAGACAAAGAAAUAUUUAAGCAGUCAGGUUUUCAGUCAACACUGAUUGAUCUUCUUGAGAUUGGUUAUCUGGAGGAGGGAGAUGGAAUUAUGGCAGAUAAGGGGUUUGAUAUUGAAGCAGAAGUAGAGAAAACAGGGCUUCGACUGAAUAUACCACCAUUUGCUAAGUCUGGUGUACAGAUGAGCCAAAAAGAUGUCAUCUUCACUCAGAAGAUUGCUGGGCACAGAGUACAUGUCGAAAGAGCUAUACGCAGAAUCAAAAGUUUCAAGAUUCUCAGUGGCCGCAUUCAGCUAUCAAUGAUGUCUUCAAUUGAUCAAAUUUGGUAUGUUUGCUCUUUUCUGACAAAUUUCAUGCCUCCUUGUAUCAGAAAGAAGUAAAUUGAGACACAGUACAUGUAGUUGUUUUUGUAACACUGCAAAAUUCUUUUUAGACCUAUCAUGUUAUCAGGCUAAAUUUGUGUUUGUACUGCAUACCAAGGUUCUGCUGUCACAUGUUUGUUAGCAUUGUUUGAGCUUGGGCCAAAGGUCAGAUUCACAGGUAGCAAUGUAAAAUUACAUAAUUUACAUAAUAAUAAUAAUAAAAUUCAAAAAUAAUCAUGAUAAUACUUUUGUCAAAACUGAACCACUUGAACUAUAAUUUUAUGUGACCUGUCACCUAUUCAAUUACAUGAAGUGAUUUUAAUCCAAACUUCCUUUCGCCCAAACACAUGAAGUAAUUUUAAUUCCAGCUUUUCUUUUCUAGAUAGGACAUUGUCCCUGAUUUCAACUGAGCUUAUAAACAUGUAGCUUUAGCCCUAUUUACCAUGAUUUACUGUUACUAUAGUGUUAAAACCUGACAGUGUACAAUGGGACCUUGAUAAUGGUCACACCAUGUGAAAAACAUCCUCCAGUAAUAAUGAUAUAGAGUAAAAUUACUGUACAAAAUUCUGAAUUGCUGUAUUAGGAGUUUCACUAUAAUAGCAUCCUCAAUAUCUCCGGUGGCUACCCCUUAAUAACAAACAUGUUAAGGUUGGAUAUAUCCAGUCAUUUCCCAUUGAGUUACAACAUGCUUGGCAGGUAAAGGUUGUGGUCAAAUUCUAACAAACACUAAAACCAUUGCUAAACUUACAUGCGUUGACAAGCCACUGCCAACAGGGACUGGUCCAACAUGAGUGUGCACAGUUUUUGAGGGGUUGCACACAAGGUAUCCAAUGGGAAGGUGUUUUAGGCCUUGAAGAUGUUCAACAUCUGUCUCCUCGACCCGUACAUUUCUGUAACAUGUAAUUGUCUAUCUCACUUUCUUAAUCCAGAGAACUUAUUGUGCAAACAUGAAAGCUCACUUCCUUGUUGAAGUUUAUGCCGUUGAUGAAUUCAAAUGUGUCUUGUUGAACAUGUUAUACAUUUAAGAGUGAUAAGCAUGAUAAUUAUCAUAUUAUGGCAUCUAUUUCCAUUGAACAUGAUGAUUAUCAUUUAGUUUAUAUCAAUGUAUAUUUAGUUUAUAUAAUCAAAGUUUAUUUAGUUUAUGUAAAUGUUUAUGAUACAUGUCAUACCAGUGAAUUUUAUGUAUACAUUUGUUUGCUUUGAGCGAAAUAAGGAAAGCAUAAUUCAUGAAAUAAAUCAGUAUAAAUCAAG